UAACAUUACUUACAAUAUUCAGAAAAUAUUUUUAAUUAUACAUAAAGUAAUUUAAAAAAAAUGGCAAUGAGAUAUAUUCUCGGCUACACGUUUGCUUGGACGGCAACAGCUUCAAUCCUAACUCUAGCUUUAUAUCACAUCUUGACUGGCGAGGGAGAAAGAAUCAGCAUCGCUUGGUUCUUGGAGCAUUCUUCACCUCACCUAUGGGCAGGUUUGGGUAUCUGUUUAUCCGUAUCUUUGUCAAUCAUCGGCGCAACUCUUGGAAUCUUCACGACUGGAGUGUCAAUAAUGGGAGCCGGUGUCAAAACACCAAGAAUCAAGACCAAGAAUUUGAUUUCUGUGAUUUUCUGCGAAGCCGUCGCAAUCUACGGCUUGAUCACAUCGAUCAUACUGAUUGGAAAAGUAUCUUCAGUUUCUAAUAUUGAAUCCUUGAGCUAUCACGCGAAGGAACAGAUGAUAGUAUCAGGACACAUAAUAUUUGGAGCUGGUCUAGCAGUGGGUUUUGUCAAUUUAUUCUGUGGUCUCGGUGUGGGGAUCGUUGGAUCCAGUGCUGCGCUUGCUGAUGCCGCCAAUCCUGCAUUGUUUGUUAAAGUUUUGAUUAUUGAAAUUUUUGGCUCUGCUAUUGGGUUGUUUGGAUUAAUCGUCGGUAUUUAUAUGACUUCGAAAGCAGACAUGUCAAUUAAAUCAGCUUAAUUUUUUAUAAAUUUCUGAAUAAAUUUGUAGAGAAAAAUAAUAAUAAAUAAUUUA